UUAUUAUGACCCCAGCUCAUUAUAAGCAGGUUUUUUCCUGCUGGGAACUCCUGUUUUAAGCCAUUGAUAUGAUUCAACAAGGAUGCAAUAAGAGCUUUGUACCAUCUUCCUUGUUGAUCACAGUGGACAAAUGUACCAAGGUUACUGAAAGAUUUCCAGAGAAGUUCAGUGUGCUGGCUUCACUUACAAAGCCUAAAAUCAUUGUUUUCCUGAAUGCUGUCCCUGUGUGUCAUUAGCAGUGUCACUUCCUAAGAUCCCCAGGAAGAGAGCUCUCCAAUGGCUAAAAUGCGCAGAUAAGAAAGCUUCACAUCACCUUAAACCAACUGAAUCCUUUCCAGGCACCAGAGCCAAAAAACGUUAUCCAGAGUAACAAAUGAAAGGGAGUGAAAUGAUGAAUAGCAGACCAAAGAUUGAUUGUCAGCAACAGGAAUUGAUUUCAAGUGGGAUUGGAGGAAAGAGAAGGAUUCUCAUGAGCAUGAUCUAUGCUUGAGUGGCUCUGGACUGAAUGAACAGACAUGGAGCAAGACUGAGCUGGACCCUGAGAGAAUCUCAGCCUUCGGGAGAAGCAACCUGGCUGUGUAACCUGCGAUGUUGGGAGCUAGGGAGAUUUAACACUGCUGCAGAUGGCUGCCUGCAGCCUGGCACUAGGACUGUGGCUCCUGCUGCUUCUCCAGGAUAUCCAGACAGCCCCGCAGACAUCAUUAACCACAUCUCAUUCCUGUGAUACACUUGAGAAUUGGUUUUAUGAUGAAACUUCACGAAGCUGCUGUUACCAGUGUCCCUCAGGCUAUGUUAAAAAGAAAAGAUGUCCUAGGGACCCAGAUGAAGACUGCAUGAGAUGUGGACCUGAACAAUAUGUGAAUGAAGAACACCAAAAGCCACAAUGUGACGCUUGUGUAUCAUGCGCAAAAGAAUCUGACCUUGUGGAGAAAGAGCCCUGCUCCUUCAAUUCUAGCCGUGUGUGUGAGUGCCGUCCAGGCCUUUUCUGUCAAACCUCUGCUGUGAACACCUGCAUGCGAUGCCAGCGGCACACUGCUUGCAAGCCUGGUUUUGGAGUCAAAGUCAGAGGCACCUCAACAGAUGAUGUUAUUUGUGAAGAGUGCCCUUCUGGAACCUUCUCUGAUCAAACCUCCAGCACUGACAUCUGCAAGCCCCACACAAACUGUGCCAAGUUAAACAAAGUGGCACUGCAAGAUGGAAAUGCCACACACGACCAGGUUUGCCUGGACCAAUUGCCCACCUACCUCAACCCAAGCACUUUUUCCAUGAGAUUCAGCAAUGAAACAAAUAACUCUGACCUGAGGAGGUUUCAGGAGAACCCGGUGACCAUUGCUAGUAUCCUUUUAAGUGCCACAACAGCUGAAAACCCCAGUUCAACUCCUGAGGAGAAAGCUCUGACUGGCACUUUUCCCACCUCAGCCAAGGGGGAGAUGACAACAGGAGGUCUAGUUUUUUGGGGAGUGGUUCUCUCUGUGAUAGUGCUACUUGUGGGCAUGCUGUUAUUUUGGAAAUGGAAGGUUUGCAAGAAGCGGAUCCUCAUCCUCAAAGGAAAGCCACAUCUGCAUUCUGUCACUUCACACAAAUCCGGGCUCAAAUCUCAAGGUGCUGAUCUAGUGAACAAAUGUGCAAAGAUCAUACUGAGUACUGAGAGUGGGCCAGAAGAGAAGGAGUUAAUUGACAGAACCCUUCCUUUGGAAACCAACAAUAACUUGGUCUCCAGUACAGAAAAAGCAUAUAGUCCUGAUCUGAGUCUGACUGAUGUGACACAGAGCAAUGGAAAUGCCCCAGAUUGCCCUAUUGAUUCUCGAGUGAGAGACCACACAAAUAAUCGAAUUGAAAAAAUAUACAUCAUGAAAGCUGACACUGUUAUUGUGGGGUCCAUUUCAGAAGUACCUAGCAGCAAGAACUGUGCUGCUAGAGGAUGUGAAAGUAAUGUUGAUGCCCAGGAAAACAUGGAAGAGGAACUGGCAAUGCACUAUCCAGAGCAGGAAACAGAGUCUUUUCCAGAGAAUGAUGUAAUGGUUCCUGUGGAAGAGGAGGGAAAGGAAUUUCAUCACCCCACCACCGCCACUGAAAAGUGAUAACCCACUGGGAAGAUGUGUGGAGCUACAGAAACAUCCAGUGUGACAUGAAGCCUGAAUAUAUAACAGGGGAGAUAAGCACAUAACACCUUGUAUUUGAAAACACAUGUAAAACACUGAAACACAUUCAAACAAGAAGUACUAGAACCUAUUUCAUCUAGCAAAUGAGAGGAUCAUCCAAACUGUUGGCCUUCAUAGCUGAUGUCAAAUAUUUCUCUUUCCCUCUCUCUUCCAGUAUCAUGCUGGAAAAAAUUUGAAUCAAAGCUAUAAAAUUCAGAGGAUGUCUGGGUGCCAACUGAAAUUUCACAUCUUGCUUUCUCUGCAUGAAGGAAUGGAUUAAAAACUACAUCUGCCUAUUAGCUAUGAAAAUUCUGGCCAGAAUUACAAGUCAAGCUUGAGACUCAGCCAUGUUUCAUAUGUCGUUUCUAUUCCAGUAUUACCAAUAUUUCCAAUUUUGUCAUAUUUUGCAACAUCUGGUAUUUUUCUUAAGGCCUCAACUCUUGGCUGAAAGUAAUGACAAUUUCAGUUUUCCCUAACACAGACAGAACUCUUAAGUUUGUGGACUUUGUGUUUCUUGAGGAAAUAGAAUCAAAAGAUGACAGGCAGGCUCGGAAAACAGAAGGCAAAUAAAACUAAUUGAAGUCCACUCUACUUUAGACAGGUCUUUAUAAGUUUUGAAGUCUGAUUCAUGUGUUUUUGACUGUUUCAAAUCAUCGAUAAGUCUACAAAAUGGCCUAUUCUGAUGGAAGCCAAACUGGCUCAACAGUUGGAGAUUGGAUGAACUAUGGGUUAAGCCCAGCAUGGAGUCUGUAAAAGGGGAAAAGAAGAAAAACUAGUUUUCUACAAAAAUGAAGAAGUAAAAAAUAAGCACAUCAGUUAUUUCCUAUAACACUGUUAAUAUCUGCUUGUUUUAGAAUUGCUCAUAAUCAUCAGAGUGACACUGAUUUGCAUAUCCUUUAAAAAAAGUCUGUUUUGUGGUCAACCGGCUUGCGUUACACUGUUUCUCAAUCUUUUACGCUGCUUGUUUGAUAACUGUAAAUGUAAUAAUGCUGACUAUAAUUUUGCACAGGACAAUGGAAAAUGAGCAAGAUGACAAAGUGUGCCUUAAUAAUCAAAAAAGGAACCACAAAAACAAUUACUUGCUUUGUAGUUUUACCCUGGACCGAGUACUGUAAUAACAGCUGUGCAACUUCAGCGUCUUUUGCCUCAGCACACACAAAAGGAACAUAAGGGCAUAAAAACCACCUUCUUGGGCCAGACUAGUAGUGCAAGCCCAACAUUUUAUCUCUGACAGUCGCAGUCAGAGAUGUUACUUAGGAAGAGCACAUAACCUUGGUUAAUAUCUGCUGUUUGCAUUCCUCAUAGUUCUGCAGCAUCAGCUAUAAUUGGAUUAAGGAUGUUGAAGAGUUUGUCCUAGCCUUUAGCAUUCAUUCAUAUUGCCAUUAAUUCUCUCCUCUCUUUUGAAUUUCUUGGUACAAUCUGCCUCUAUAAAUACUGUGGCAACAGAUUACAGAUAGUUACCAUUCACAGUGUAAAGAAGUACUUUUACUGCUUUUAAAACUGACCUCUUAUUUCUGUGCCACUAGUUCUUGUAUUACAGAAUUUAGUGCAAUACUGAGUUGCUUUUAUGAUUCUUGACUGUAUCCUCCUCAGCCUCCAAGCUGCGUUCCCAUCUUUUUAUAUUUCUCAUGUACGUUAGAUGCUCCACUGCCUUGGUCCUUUUAAGUGACUUCUUCCGUAUCUUUUCUAACUUCACUACAUUCUUCUGGACAUCUGGAGGCCAGAACCACGCACUGCACUGAAGAAGACGGGUGGGCCAAGGUUUUGAGUAGUGACAAAAUGGUGUUUUCUAUUUUAUUCUCAAUACCUCACUAGAUGAUGCCCACCAUUUAGUCUGCUUUUUUGGCUGCCCCUGCACACUAAGCAGAUGAUUUCAGAGAACCAUCAGGCAUGACUCCAAGAUCACUUUUCUGGGUGAUAGCUGCUAGAUGUGAAUUCAGCACCAUGUAUGCCUGGUCCAGAUUAUUUUUUCCCUAAAUGUAUUGCCUUCUGUUUAUCUAUGUCGAAGCUUAUUUGCCACCUUUUUAUGAGCUCCUUCUAGCUUUAUUUGCCUUCUUUAUGUCAUGUAACUAUCUGGUGAAGUUUAAUAUUGCCCUUACUGUGUGGGCACUCUUUUCUCCAGAUCAUUGAUGAAGAUAUAGAACAGGCCCCACCAAUCCUCCCUGCUAACUGUUUUCUAUCCUGAAAAAUUACCAUUACACUAUGCUCUUUCCUUCCUGCAUUUUAAACAGCCAUUACUUUUCUAUCCUGUAACCUUUUAGCAAAUCUAUAAAAUGACAUUUUCUCAAACUUUGUUUUUCCACUGCCUUUGGUGUGGAAACAUUCUGAAAAUCUCCAUUUAGUAGUUCCACUGGAUCUUGUUUAUCCAUUAAGCCUCACAAUAUAAGGGAAGGAAUGUUAUCAAGAUUUUGUGACUAAAGAAAUAAAUCCAGAGAAAUUCAUACAUUUCUGGAACCAUGGCCCCAGAGAUGAAGUGGGAGAAUCUCAGCAUUAUGGCAUCUAGUCACUGACUUUCAUCAAUGGACAAUCUACCAGUAGUACAUUUGAAAACUGGUUGCAAUUUCAAGUGUUGCUAGUUUCAGCAUUUGUUUCUUGAAUUCCACUCUUCUCUGCAAGUCCAGAACAUAAAAUAGUUUCUAAAAACAACUGCUGCCACUGUAUAUUUUAGUUCAUCUACUGAGUCUUGCAAGAGAGGUGAUUAGUGAACCCUUUCUGUGUUUUUCUGUGUUUGUACUUGUUUUGUUUCAUUCAGAAGAUAAGCUGCUCCUAGCGCUCAGAUCAAAAUUUCUUUUGGCUAUCAGCAUUGCUGUGUCAGUGGCAGUUACAUGAGGUGAAGAAAGCAGAAUAAACUUUUUUUUUGUUUGUUUAAGUGUUUGUUGUGCAACAGAAGGUCAAGUCACCAAGUACUGACAUAAAACAGCAAGGCAAGGAAGGAAAAAUACCUGUGUAGGGCAUACUGGUCACCCUUUCCUUGCUUCCAGUCAGGAUAGUUCAUUGUUUUCCAGUGCAUACACUUCAUUCUACAAAAAUUCAGGAACUUCUACUUCACUUUGGAGAGCACCAAUUUGUGUAUCCACAAACUGUGAGUAACCACGUUCACCUGGCUGCAAUUGUUAAAGGAUAUUCUGUAAUGACAGCUAAUUGUAUAUUUCAGCUCUGUAUAUAAAUUAAUCUUUUUUACUGGAACAGCUUUCUAGAUGAAUCCUAUGCAUUGCAACCUGCUAGAUGUAUUAUAGUUGGUUAGUUUAUUAAUGCUGGUAAUCUUUGAAUUAAAGAUUGCAUGAGUUUUA